GCACUCAUCUUCAAGUACUGGAGAUAGAAGAGGCCAACUGAUCUCAGCUGUGAGUAGCUAAUUUGGCCCUUGAGCCUUGGAGCCUUGGAACCUUGGAGACCCAGGCGUUUGAAAACUCAAUGAGUGGACCUUUCCCAGCAGAGCCUACAAAAGGUCCCCUCGCCAUGCAACCUGCUCCAAAAGUGAACCUCAGAAGGACAUCUUCACUGGUGGGCCCCACACAAAGCUUCUUCAUGAGGGAAUCAAAGGCUUUGGGGGCUGUCCAAAUCAUGAAUGGCCUCUUCCAUAUUUCCCUGGGGGGACUGCUGAUGAUCCCCACGGGGGUCUUCGCACCCAUCUGUUUGAGUGUAUGGUACCCUCUCUGGGGAGGCAUUAUGUACAUUAUUUCAGGAUCACUCCUGGCAGCUGCAGCAGAAAAAACCUCCAGGAAAAGUUUGGUCAAAGCAAAAGUGAUAAUGAGCUCUCUAAGCCUCUUUGCUGCCAUUUCUGGAAUAAUUCUUUCAAUCAUGGACAUACUUAACAUUACACUUUCUCACUUUUUAAAAAUGAGAAGACUGGAGCUUAUUCAAACUUCCAAGCUAUAUGUUGAUAUCUACGACUGUGAGCCAUCUAAUUCCUCAGAGAAAAACUCCCCAUCUACACAGUACUGUAACAGCAUUCAGUCUGUGUUCUUGGGCAUUCUGUCAGUGAUGCUGAUCUCUGCCUUCUUCCAGAAACUUGUGACAGCUGGUAUUGUGGAGAAUGAGUGGAAAAGAAUGUGUACCAGAUCCAAAUCUAAUGUGGUUCUGCUGUCAGCUGGAGAAAAAAAUGAGCAGACGAUUAAAAUGAAAGAAGAAAUCAUUGAGCUAAGUGGAGUAUCUUCCCAAACAAAGAAUGAAGAGGAAAUUGAAAUUAUUCCAGUGCAGGAGGAAGAAGAAGAAGAAGCAGAAAUAAAUUUUCCAGCACCUCCCCAAGAGCAGGAAUCCUUGCCAGUGGAAAAUGAGAUCUCUCCUUAAACUCUUUUCUUUUCUAAGCAUUAUUGUUUAGAGAGCUUCCAAGACACAUAGUUACCCUCAUCUCUUGUGGCCUUCCACAAUCUAUUCUCCAUAUUUUCACAGCUUAUCUUUGCAUAGAGAAGCCAUAUCUAGCUCUCCUUCACAUUUGGAGAAUGCAGUGAUUAUAAAAGAUUGUCUUUUUCCUUGCUUAGGGAGUCUUACACUGGCAGAAGCGCUGAAGAACCCAAUUCUCAUUCACCUUUUCCUUGGAUGUGUGUAAUGGUUUUCCACAUUUCCUCCAUCAGCAGUUACAGCAGAGGGAAAAGACACAUGAUUGUUCUCUCCAUCUCUGAACUCUCUGACUCCUUCUUCAUGUUUGGUGGAGUCCCUUUUGCAUUAUUGUCUUAAGGAAUAUGAGAGAAAUUGUUUAAUGAGAAUUGUUUUAAUAAUGAGAGAAAAUGAGACACCUAUAUGCCUGUGGGGAAGGCACAAAAUAUGGCAUGUUCUUCAAGCUUCUGUGUCCCACUUGGGAAGCUGUGAAAGGCCUAGUCCUAAGUCUGUCUCUGUACAAAAAGCAUAGCUUACACAUAAGCAAGUUUCAUGUCUUAACUUUGCCCAUCUCCAGUUUCUUGGCUUCUGGUCACAUCGUUUAUGUACUUGUAUUCUUUAUUCAAGAGAAAGAAGAAUGGUGAGACAGAAAUGUAAUGGGUUCCCAGAUCUCAAAUCCUAAGCAACAGCUGUGCUUUGAGAUUCUUUCCAAAUGACAGAGUAGUUUAUGAAAUAGUUUCAUUUGGUCUUUCAUGAU